AUGUCGAUCGUGCCUAUAAUUACUUUCAAGGCCGGUAUCUGCGAGGCAGACACCUCCAGCAAGCCUUACAAGGUCAAGCCCCAGGCUACGCCCGGCUACAUCUACCUCUACUCCGAAGAUGAUCUGAUCCACUUCUGCUGGCGCGAGCGCAGCGCCGCCAUGGACUCUCCCGAUCUCGACCUCGUCAUGGUUCCGAUGGACGGCGAAUUCCUCCCCCAUACUCCUUCCGACCAGCCCACAGCAAAGACCAACGGCCGCGUCUUUGUGCUUAAGUUUGGCUCCUCCUCCCAGCGACACUUCUUCUGGCUCCAGUCGAAGCCUCAGUCCCGCACCGGUGACCCCAGCUGGUUCAGCCCCCGUGACAAGAAGAUUGGGGAGGUCGUCAACGCACUCCUUCAAGGCGAGGAUGUGAACGUCAACAGAGAGCUGGCGCAGGUCCGCAACACUGACGACAGACGGGACGACGACGACGACGAGACAAUGGAAGAUGCCGAGGGCCAAGGAGACCACCCGGCCAGCGGCGGCGCUGGUGCCGGCGCAACAGGCGGCGACGUUCGUGAAGAGGGCGAGAAUGCUAGAGAGGGUGGCAGCGAUGGAGCUCGAGCCGCAGGGGGUAGCUCUGGUAACACCGACGCGGACGCUGCUGUUCGCAAUUUUUUGGCCUCAUUACAGGGCAAUUCUUCCCUGGCGGGAUCUCAACAGCGCGGCCAAGAGCAAGCUGACAAACCGUUUCCAUACUUGCACCACCUGCUCCCCAACGAGACUACCAUUCCCAUGCUCCGCUCAGCCCCAGAGGAGUACAUAGACACGCUGCUUGGCUUCUUGCCGCCAGCAAUUGUGGUUCUGGCCACGGAGAAUGACGACCUGGGUGACUCGGAGCCUUCAGCAGAUGCUGCAGCCGCCGCCAUGGCCACCUUGAGCCUGGCGGAGAAGAAGAGUUUGCUGGAGAGAGUCCUGAGAAGUCCUCAGUUCCACCAGGCCCUGGGCAGCCUGACGAUGGCUCUUCGUGAUGGUGGCCUUCCGACUGUUGCGGAGGCCCUGAAGGUCAAGGUCCCCAACGGUGGCUACAUGAGGGGCGGUGCCAUGCCUCUAGGUGGCGGUGAAGCUGUGGAGGCGUUCGUGGAGGGAGUCAAAUCAACGGAUCCGUUGCCGACGUCCAUUGGCGACUUCGGCAAUGACGAGCGCAUCUCCUUCUCCAAGCUGGACAACAAGUACCUAGCUGUACUCGACGACGGCACCGAGCUCGAGUUCGACCCCGCGACCGCGACAUGGGCUGAGGCAGCAGACGAACCUCUCGAGCCUCUCGACGACGACCACACCGCACAGCUCGCAGAUCUCUCGAGAAGCGCCAGUGCCAGCGUCGGCCCAGGAGGUAGCGAAGCACCAAACGCGAACUCCAGGAAACGCAAAGAUUCCCCGAGCGGGAUGGACGACAGAGGUGGAAAUGGAGGCAACGGCAACAACCGCCCGGCAAAGAAGUCGAAACCUGCGCGCGCGCCGCCGCAGCCGCGCCAGAACACGGCCGUGUACGUGACCGGUCUGCCCACCGACGCAACAGCCGACGAGGUCCACGAGCUCUUCUCGCGUAAGGCAGGCGUCAUCGCCGAAGAGAUUGACAGUGGUCGCCCGCGAAUCAAGAUGUACACGGGUGAGAGCGGCAACUUCAAGGGCGACGCGCUGGUUGUCUUCUUCAAGCCGCAGAGCGUCGAGAUGGCCAUCAUGCUCCUUGACGACACGGACUUCCGCUUCGAUGGCCCGGCGGGACAGCCAAGGAUGCGUGUUCAAGCGGCAGACUCAAGUUACAAGAAGACACAAUACGAAGACGGGGCGGGAGCUGAGGGGAAGGAGAGUGGCGGGUCGUCAAACGGACAGCAGAAGAGAGAGCGCAACGACAAGGACAGGCAAAAGAUCAUUCGCAAGACGCAGAAGAUGGCAGCCAAGCUUGCUGACUGGAGCGACGACGAGCCGUCUAUGAUGCCGACUGAGACCAACUCCAAAUGGGAUAAAACGGUCAUCUUGAAGCACAUGUUCACCCUCGAAGAGUUGGCUGAGGACCCGGCUGCGUUGCUGGAGAUCAAGGAGGAUAUUCGCGACGAGUGCUCCAAGCUGGGUACCGUGACUAAUGUGGUGCUUUACGACGAGGAGCCGGAUGGUGUGGUGUCGGUCAAGUUCUCCAAACCAGAGUCGGCGCAGGCAUGCAUACAGCUUAUGAACGGGCGCAGUUUCGAUGGCCGGGUGGUUGAGGCGUCUGUGUCGACGGGCAGGGAGAAAUUUAAACAAUCAAAGAAGGAUCAGGCAAGCGACAGUGACUGA